AUGGUUGAAGAGCCUCCUAAAAAGAAAAUAAGUAAUUAUGAAAUAGUAAACCACCAUAAAAAACUAGCAAAUAUGAGAAAUAUUAAAGGCCUUGACAAACCUACAAAAGAAACCUUUGAAAUACAAGAAGCUGAAGUGGAAGAAAUUGAAAUAUUCAGAGCAAUUGCUCAAGAAUAUUUCAUUGAUGAUUCUGAUGAAGAAGUAGACACCAUUCCUUGGGACCUUAGUACAGAAGAGAGUAAAUGGAAAUAUGAUGAAGAUACCAAAAACACUGAUGAAAAUACAGAACAAGAAUAUGCAUAG